AUGGCCGACCCGGCGCCUCCCGCCCCGGCGCGCGGCGACUUCACGCGGUCGGUGAAGCUCAAGUACGUGAAGCUCGGGUACCACUACCUGAUCACGCACGGCGCGUACCUGGCGGUGGCGCCGCUGCCGGGGCUCGUGGCGGCGCACCUCUCCACCUUCACGCUGCACGACCUGGCCGACCUCUGGCAAGGCGUCCUCCACCACAGCCUCGGCUCCCUGCUCGCCUGCCUCGCCUUCCUCGUGGCCGCCUGCACCGCCUACCUCGUCACCCGCCCGCGCCCCGUCUACCUCGUCGACUUCGCCUGCUACAAGCCCGACGACGCGCGCAAGUGCAGCCGCGCCCGCUUCAUGGACUGCACCGAGAAGCUCGGCACCUUCACCGACGACAACGUCGAGUUCCAGCGCCGGAUCGUGGAGCGCUCCGGGCUGGGCGAGGAGACGUACCUCCCGGAGGCCGUGCUCAACCUCCCGCCCAACCCCUCCAUGGCCAACGCGCGGGUGGAGGCCGAGAAGGUCAUGUUCGGCGCGCUGGACCAGCUCUUCGCCAAGACGGGCGUGAAGGCCAAGGACAUCGGCGUGCUCGUCGUCAACUGCAGCCUCUUCAACCCGACGCCCUCGCUCUCCGCCAUGGUCGUCAACAAGUACCAGCUCCGGGGCAACAUCGUGAGCUACAACCUGGGCGGCAUGGGGUGCAGCGCGGGGCUCAUCGCCAUCGACCUCGCCAAGGACCUGCUCCAGGCGCAGCCCGGCACGUACGCCGUGGUGAUCAGCAUGGAGAACAUCACCCUCAACUGGUACUUCGGCAACGACCGCUCCAUGCUGGUGUCCAACUGCCUGUUCCGCAUGGGCGGCGCGGCGAUCCUGCUCUCGAACCGCCGGUCGGCGCGGCGGCGCUCCAAGUACCAGCUGGUGCACACGGUGCGCACGCACAAGGGGGCGGACGACAAGGCGUUCCGGUGCGUGUACCAGCAGGAGGACGAGUCGGGCAAGCGGGGCGUGUCGCUGUCCAAGGACCUGAUGGCGAUCGCCGGCGGCGCGCUCAAGACCAACAUCACCACGCUGGGGCCGCUGGUGCUGCCGCUGAGCGAGCAGCUGCUCUUCUUCGCGACGCUGGCGGCCAAGAAGCUGGUGAACGCCAAGGUGAAGCCCUACAUCCCGGACUUCAAGCUGGCGUUCGAGCACUUCUGCAUCCACGCCGGCGGGCGGGCGGUGCUGGACCAGAUGGAGAGCAACCUGCAGCUGACGGAGUGGCACAUGGAGCCGUCGCGGAUGACGCUGCACCGGUUCGGCAACACGUCGAGCAGCUCGCUGUGGUACGAGCUGGCCUACGCCGAGGCCAAGGGCCGGAUCAGGAAGGGCGACCGCACCUGGCAGAUCGCAUUCGGGUCCGGGUUCAAGUGCAACAGCGCCGUGUGGAGGGCGCUCCGGUCGGUGAACCCGGCCAACCCCAGGGACGUCGCCGGCAACCCCUGGGCCGACGAGAUCCACCGGUUCCCCGUGCCCGUGCCCAAGUUCUCCGCCAUCGAUCCUCCCACUCCAUCCAGCGACACCGCCCAGCAAUAA